AUGCCGACGUUUUCCGAUAUGCCCGUUGAGCUUUUGCUCGAUAACCUUUUCCCCUUCAUCCCAACUCCCGAUCUUUUGAAUCUCUGUUGUACCAGCAAGCUUUUUGCCUUACUGUGCUCUGAUGACACACUAUGGAGACGAAAGCUCAGGACUGAUUUCAACUUCUGUGGUGAAACUACCGCCCGCACCAGCGGCUGGAAAUACAUCUAUCGUGGCCUCUCUCAACCGAAAGCUUUCGUAUGGGGGGAGAAGGCUAAUGGGAGGCUCGGACUAUCAAGAUUUCCAAAGACAAAUAGUCCAGGUGUUCCUUUCCCAACACAGCUCCGAAUCCCAGGUGUUCGACUUGUCAAUCUUGUUGCGGGGGGAAUGUCAUUCCACGCUUUGGAUUCAGAAGGAAAUAUUCAUGUUUGGGGCACCUUGGAUGGAACUACUAUGGGUUUAGGCAGUGACGGGUACUCUGAACCCGGGAAACCAGCAAACACUCCUCUACUCCUUGAUAUGCCCACGGCCAGUAGGAGCAUCAGCUGUGGACGACUACACUCAUCAUGUCUUGAUCACAAAAAUAAGAUUUGGACAUUUGUUAAUUGGGGUCGUCCAUUCCAGUUGGUUUCCCAACUUCUUGAAGACCCAGACGCCAUACCCCUUCAGAUUGAAUGUGGAUGGACCUUCUCGUCUCUUUUAACGAAAGCGGGUGACGUCUUCGUAUGGUGGCCCUUCUCAGGGCGGAUGCAUGAGAUUAUCUCUCAAAAAAAUCUAGAGAUGGAUCAAGACGGUUAUAAGAAAGUCGUUGCUCGUGAAGGCGUAAUACCUUGCGUAACUUGGUCAUUGGAACUUGACCCUGUCCGGCUGCCUCCAAUUCCACCCUUGCCAGAGUUGAACCACACCGGCGACGAAAAGACACAAAUCACCCAACUCAUUCAAAUCGCCGCGUUCGAAAGUCACAUUAUCGGUCUUACCAAUCGCGGUCACGUUCUAAAGUUUGGCUCGACAGAGAAUGAGACCACAGCCGUUCGAGGAAGGUGGGAAUAUCUACCUCAAUUCAGCGAGGUCGAUUUGGUGAAAGAACAUCCAACAUUUUCUGGCGACAAUGGCGACCGCUUGACACCUCCAGAAACGAUGCAAAUCACACAUAUAUCCGCCAACUUCCAGCACUUUAUCGCGUAUUCGACGGGCGCAAGUUCAAUCGUGCUGAUGGGCGACACAGAUACGACACCUAACACUGUACCUAAGAUUAUCCCCGCCUUGCAGAAUAAAGCUGUUAUAUCAGUCGUCAUCGGUGAUUACCACAACGCGGCUUUGACUGCGGGCGGAAAGCUUUUGACAUGGGGUGCCUACUCUGCUGGGGCGCUAGGCCUUGGGGAUCCCGCUGAACUUGAGCCGGGGACACCGGGAGCGUAUGCGAUCGCGAGGGGCGGCGACCAACGGCGUAGACGGGAGCCUCCAGCGGUCCAAGUCCCAACGGAGGUCAGAUUUGACCACGGAUCGAAGAAGCCCAAGGACCGGUUCUGUUUCGCGGCGACCGCUGCAGGCUGGCACACGGGGGCUCUUGUCAUAGAUCUCGACCCCGAUGACGAGAAAGACGAAAUCGAGUUGGAGGACGAUGAGCCAGAACUUGAGAUGCGGGAUGGACCAAACCAAUGGGAAUCACCCCCCAUCAUACCUUUUGGGGGAGUGUUCCGUGUUGGCCAUGCGGGGAGAGGACAUCUUGGUCCAGGCUUGCGAGGGAGCGUUUUUCCCAGUCUUGGUCGCGGAUCGGGUGGCAACGCCACUGCAGAAGAGAAUUGA